GAAGAAAAGGAAGGUUUUCAAUUGGUGAAGGAGGCAUCUAUCGUAAUCGUGUGUUGUUUUGACAUGUUUCGUUUCCCCUUAUUUUUAUCACCCACAAACUAAUUACUGCUUUAUUGUGGCUGCGAGACAACGUCACAGAGAGAGAAGGGAAGGAAAAGUGGUGUUGGUGGUUGUCCUCCUCAUUGGUAUGGCAACCCUUUCCUCCAUCCUCUCCUCCUCUCUUCCUCUUUUCCAUCGCUACCCUAACCCUAACCCUUCGCUCUUUCGCCCCUCCCUUUCUCUCUCUUUCUCUCGCACUAAACCCCGUUCCCCCUUCCUCGUUCUCGCUGCCGCUUCCCAUGAUUUCGCCUCCAACUCCAAGAAAUCAGUGCUCACCGAGUUGAUACAAGAGAUAGAACCUCUGGAUGUUAGCCACAUUCAGAAGGAUGUUCCACCAACUACAGCAGAUGCCAUGAAGAGGACUAUAUCUGGUAUGCUGGGCUUGCUUCCGUCUGAUCAAUUUCAUGUUGUCAUUGAGGCCUUGUGGGAACCUCUCUCCAAGUUACUGAUUUCUUCAAUGAUGACUGGGUAUACACUACGGAAUGUUGAAUAUAGGCUUUGUCUUGAGAAAAACCUUGAUAUGUUUGAAGGAGAUAUAGAGAAGCCAAAGGCAGAGAGUAUGAAAGUGGACUUACAAGGGUUGAUGCAUGACAGUGUAAAUGCAAUUGAGUUUGGUAGAAAUAAGAAUUUGUCUUCCAAAGUUGAAAAGCUUCAUGAGGAAGUUGACAUUCAAGAGCUUGGUGAAAUAUCUGCUGAAGCUCAACAAUAUAUUUUUAAUUUGCAAUCUCGUUUGUCUUCUAUGAAAAAGGAGCUGCAUGAAGUAAAGAGGAAAAGUGCUGCUCUUCAAAUGCAACAGUUUGUUGGAGAAGAAAAGAAUGAUUUAUUGGAUUACUUGAGAUCUCUUCAACCUGAACAGGUUGCUCAGCUUUCAGAAUUUACAUCCCCUGAGCUUAAGGACACUAUCCUCUCUGUUGUCCAUGGUCUCCUAGCUACUCUUUCUCCUAAGAUGCAUUCUAAACCUUCCACCAUGUCAGAAAAUACAACAGUUGGAGCAACAAAUGCUGGGAGUGAGGAUUGUGCUGAGGUUCUUGAGAACUCUGCUCUUCAAUUUCAGCCUGUUAUUUCAUUAACUCGGGAUUAUCUUGCUCGCCUGCUCUUUUGGUGCAUGCUGUUGGGACACUAUCUUAGAGGGCUUGAGUGUCGAUUGGAGUUGACGGAUUUGCUUUCCUUGACAAGUGAUGCCGAGAAUGAUGCUUCUGGCAGUCAACCAAUUGCUUGAAGUUCAAAUUGGGUGGUUCAAUCUGUAUAUAGACGUGUUGUUUCAACAUGAUUUUUGCGAUACAGACUCAAGUACCAAUCACUUCUGCUGAGGAGCUAUCUUUGCUUACUGAAGAAUAUUGCAUUCCUGCCAUGUACCAAUUCUCGGUCUUCUAGUGUUAGAGCAUCGGUAGGAUCGAAGAUGGUAUUUUGUUUUGACUGGGUGAUAACAUAUUAUAGAUUAUAGAAAAUGGAAAUGUCGUGGCGAACUAUGCAGUACCAGUUCUCUAUUUAAAUACUAAAACAAUUUAGUUAGGUGAUCUAGAUUUUAUUUUCCAUUUAUCUCAUUCGAUGUCUUGAUCCGGGUAAUAAACAGCUAAUAGUUUUUUUAAAGCAAGACAUUGUAUUAGUACUUAUAGAAAAUGUUUAAAAUUUCUGCAAUUUUUACUUUA